AUGUGUCGCUUUAUUGUCUACAAGGGCGCCGAGCCCAUUCAGCUCUCGCACCUGGUCACUCGCCCACGACACAGCAUCACAAAUCAGGCGUUUGAGUCAAAGCUUCGCUUCCCAAGCAGCCGUCCUAUGAACGCGGACGGCUUUGGUAUCGGCUGGUACGACCCCGAGAUGUCUGAUAUCCCCGUCACUGCAGUGGCGGCUCCCGCCCCUCAAGAGGCCACCGAUGCCAAGGGACCGCUCCCUCCUUCUAUUGCAGGCCCCAGCAUCCUCCGGACCGGUACUCCAACCGCCCCGUCACCGAAACCAGACGGGGCAGUGGUACUGACACCCGAGACGGUUGAGGCGAUCGCGGACGAGGCUGAGCGUUUGCGUGCGGUGGAACUUUUGCGAGAGACAGAGCGUGAACAGGAGACAGAGAGGCCGUGUAUCUUCAAGUCGAUUUCGCCCGCGUGGAGUAACGCCAACCUCACUCGUUUGGCGGAGAAGAUUCGUUCGCCACUCGUGUUUGCUCAUCGAGCGAAGAUAACUGCCACCCGUGGAUCUUUGACCGCCUCAUGGUGCGUUGGACACCCCUUAUCUGUUGCUGACGGUCAGUGGAUGCACAACGGCGAGAUCAACGAGUUCCCAAAGAUCAAGCGCGCUGUGCAGGCGUCCCUCUCAGAGGAGCUCUUCCUGUACCCCUCGGGCUACACCGAUUCCGAAUGGGCGUUUAUGCUGGAGGACCCGCACGCCCGCUCUUUUACCCACAUCGAACUCCGCGAGGCCAUGAUGAAGACAAUCAAGUUUAUCAACAAGCUCUCCAAGGACGCUGGAAUCACUGGCCCCAGCUUGAUGAACUUUGUCGUCACCGACGGCCACACCGUGGUCGCCACUCGCUAUAUCUCGUCGCGUACUUCCGAGGCCUCGUCCUUGUUCUUCUCCUCUGGUACCACGUUUGACGAGUACGAGCCCGCCGCAGGCCUCUAUCGCAUGACCAAGGCCGACAAGCGCGAGCGGAUCAUCAUGAUCGCCAGCGAGCCGCUGACGUUUGAGCGUACCGACUGGAUCGAGGUCAAGACCAACAUGAUGGUCGUUAUUACGCCCAAGAUGAACCUUCUCCAAAUCCCAAUCAUUGACGAGCACUGGGUCAGCCCCCAGGACCCGGCCAGCCACACCCGUUCGCCUGACUUUGCCAUUAAGCUCGGCUUUGGACACGGAUUUGCGUAUGACAGCGCCAUCGCUGCCUAA